AUGGGCUUGGUACAGGCGCUCCGUCGGUCUAUCAAGGGCGACAAGGAGAAGCAACACAGCAUCUCCAUUACCCCCAAAGCUGCUGUCGCAAUCGUUCCGCCCAAGAAGGUUAUCCGAGCUCUCUACGACUACGAAGCCCGCUCUGCCCAAGAACUAGGCUUCUCUAAAGGCGACUUUUUCCACGUUAUCGGCCGUGAGGACGAUCCCGACUGGUACGAAGCUUGCAACCCUGCGCUGCCUGACGCACGUGGUCUCGUGCCUGUAGCUUUUUUCCAGGCCCUAGGCAAGACUGAGAGGGACAGCCAGCAGUCAGACGGUGGUCGCCCGCAAACUGCAAACAAGAACCCAGACCACGAUUCUGGCUACGGUGAAGUCCACUCCAUACAGUCCCCGGGCGCAUCUGCUCCCGCAUCUCAAAGAAUGUCCAAGUCCGCCAAGCAAGGCGCCAUGGUCUAUGGCGUUGUCAUGUACGACUUCAAUGCAGAGAGGUCCGACGAGCUCGAGGCCAAGGCGGGAGAAGCCAUCAUCGUCAUUGCUCAGUCCAACCCGGAGUGGUUCGUCGCCAAACCCAUUGGUCGACUUGGUGGCCCUGGCUUGAUUCCAGUGUCCUUUAUUGAGCUCCGUGAUAUGGGCACGGGCAAGGCCAUUGAGAACCCUUCAGAAGCCAUCAGAAAGGCGGGUGUUCCCAAAGUCGAGGAGUGGAAGAAGAUGGCAACCGCCUACAAAAACAGCAGCAUUACCCUGGGCAAGUUUGAGGGCGGAGGACCAUCCCAGCCACUGGAGCAGGGUAUGGAGCGCAUGAGCAUCCAGAAUGCACCUCAGGUGAGUCUUUGUGCUAUUCAUCACAUCUCCUGUCCCUCCCUUUUCACCUUAUCUUCUGUACCGCCUGGCUAUGUUUCCCCUCGCUCCCCUCCCUUACAAGGCGCCGUAAGCGGCCCUCCUCAGCCUGCUGCCCUUCCCCAGCAGCCUGAGUUUGUAUCGAGCGCGACCACGGAGCUCUACGCCCCUAUCUCUGCCCGGAUACCCCGCUACUGCUUUGCGGAGGACAAGUACUGGUUUGUUAUCGAGACGCAGCUCGAAGAUGGGCGGCACUGGGAACUGUCCAGAUACUAUGAGGACUUUUACGAUUUCCAGAUUGCCCUUCUCACCGAGUUCCCUGCCGAGGCGGGCAACACUGGAACCCAGAAGCGAACACUCCCCUACAUGCCUGGCCCCGUGAGCUAUGUGACGGAUGCCAUCACCGAGGGAAGGCUGCAUAACCUGGAUGCAUAUGUGAAGAACCUGCUAGGCCAGCCCCCCUAUAUCGCUCGUUGCACACUUGUCAAGCAGUUCUUUGCUCCCAGAGAAGGCGAUUAUGAGAUGGACCCUGCCACCGUUGAAGAGGAAUACCGGCUGUCCCAGGGCUCUCAUGGCUCAUCGUCCGGGUCACAUGCUAACCCUGAUUCGCGACAGUCAUCGCGACACAAUCUGAGCGGCAAUGGAUACACUGGUCUCUCAGCUACCCCGAGACAACCUCAACAAGGGCAGCAGCCACAAGCCGGAGCCGCCAUGAAGAUCAAAAUGUACUACAAUGGCGAUCUCAUUGCUAUUCGGGUUCCCACAGACAUCCAGUUCCAGCAACUCUGUGACAAGGUCCGAGAUCGACUCAAAGUAUCGCCAAACGAGCAAGUUCAGCUGUUUUACAAGGAUGAGCAGACGGGAGAUAAGCCCAGCCUGACGAAUGACGCCGAUCUGGACGAUGCCCUUAAUCGCAACGAGAAGCUCAUGCUGUACGUUGAAGUGGUGUAACCGCACCUUGGGAGCCCAUUAACUAUUCGAUGUCUAUAUUUUUCUAUUUUCUUUGAACGGCCCGGACCGCCUGCCGUGGGGUAGGUACUGUCACGACGCGAUGAGUCACGGCGAUCAACGUCUUGUACUGAUGAUACCCGCCUCUCAAUCAGCUGGAAUUGAUUUUCUUUUCUCUUCUCUUCUUUUCUUUUCCUCAUUGCCGCUCGGAACCAGGACCUGGAUUAUUCUCCCUGGAACCUUGAUUCUCCAAAGCAUGUCCUAGUCGGCUGAUAGAAACCGGACGAUGUAAUUCAUGGAGUCUGCAAGGUGCCAUGGCCCGUCCGAUGACAGUUUUAUUUCUCCUCUCACAAAAUCCUCUUGGACUUUUUUCAAUUUACUUAUCCGAUACUACCCAUGGUCCCCGGAUAAGAAGACCCUUUUUUAGGCCUGCCGUGCGUCAAAGGCAUGGCAUGUUUUAUGAUUUGUUUUCUCAGAUACGAUUUGGUUGGCCAAGCCUCGGAACGGGCGUUUGGGAAGGAGACGGCCUCACUUUUUUUUUUCAAGGCCGAACCCCUGAAUCAGAUGUUUUGUCGGGCCGAACCC